AUGUGCAACGUGACCUUUUUCCAGCACAAGACCUGCAAGCACAUCUGGGCCAUCCUGUCCCACCCCUGCGGCCCCCUGAUGAACUUUUACACGUGCGCCUCCUUCUGCGACGGAGCGGCGGCGGGCGUGAAGACGAAGGCGACGCCGGGGUUCUACAAGACGCAGAGCAGGGCGUGUCCGAGGUGCGACUUGGGCGGCAUGUAUGAUCGCGGGACGGUGAGGAUGGUGGAGAGGAUGGGAUGGGGGUUGCACUGGGGUUUGGAUCCGGAGGGCGGGGAUUGGGCUGUUGAGGUGAGGAUGGGGGAGGCGAGGGGGUGUGUGAUUCUGUAA